UCUGGACCUCAGGACGCUUGUGACAGCGGCCGUCUGAGUCGGGAACUAACCCGCAGCACCGGACGAGGGUUUCCUCCCGCGGAAGCCUUCCUCUUACAUUCCUGUCCUGUCUAGGAAUCAGCCAGGACACAGACAGAAACCUUUCUGCUCGACUUUCGAACCGUGGAAACCUGCAGCUCAUCUCUAUGGCUCAGCUUUGCUCCUGUAGCAGACACCAUCGCACAGCGCUUCUUCCUGUCCAUGGAACAGGUCAACUGGCUAUCACUAGUCUACCUGGUGGUAGCCAUCCCAUUUGGCAUGGCAGCCAUCUGGGUUCUGGACUCUGUUGGGCUCCGUGGAGCGACUGUCCUGGGUGCGUGGUUGAAUUUUGCUGGGAGUUUGCUACGUGCUGUGCCCUGCUUGGAUGUCAGGAUCCCCAAUCCCUUUGCCUUCUUCAUGAGUGGGCAGAGCCUCUGUGCCCUGGCCCAGACCCUGGUCAUCUCUUCUCCAGCCAAGCUGGCUGCCUUAUGGUUUCCAGAGCACCAGCGAGCUACAGCUAACAUGAUUGGCACCAUGUCAAAUCCUCUGGGCAUCCUUAUGGCAAAUGUGCUGUCUCCUGCCCUGGUCAAGAAGGCAGAGGACAUCCCCAUGAUGCUUGGUAUCUACAUUGCCCCUGCUGCCCUUGCCUGUCUCUUGGCCACUACCUGCCUUUGGGAGAGUGUGCCUCCUAGCCCGCCAUCUGCAGGGGCUGCCAGCUCUACUUCAGAGAGUUUCCUCCACGGACUCAAACUGCUCAUACAGAAUAAGGCCUAUGUUAUCCUGGCCAUAUGCUUCGGUGGUGGCAUUGGUGUCUUCUCCAGCUUCUCAGCCCUCCUGGAACAGAUCCUUUGUGCCAGUGGCUACUCCAAUGAGUUCUCAGGCCUCUGUGGGGCUCUCUUCAUCGUGUUUGGGAUUUUGGGGGCACUGCUUCUAGGCCUGUAUGUGGAUCGGACCAAGCACUUCACUGAGGCCACCAAGAUAGGUCUCUGUCUGACUUCCCUGACCUUCGUGGCCUUCGCUCUGGUGUCCCAGCUGCAGGGACAGACCUUGGCAUUGGCUGCCAUCUGCUCCCUCCUUGGGCUCUUUGGCUUCUCAGUGGCACCUGUGGUUAUGGAGCUGGCAGUUGAAUGCUCGUUUCCUGUGGGUGAAGGAGCCUCUGCUGGCUUGAUCUUUGUCCUGGGGCAGGCCGAAGGUGUGCUCAUCAUGCUGCUACUGACGGCACUGACUGUGCGGCGAACAGGUCCAUCCUUUUCUACCUGCCAGCAGGGUGAGGAAACUCUAGACUGGACAGAGUCCCUGCUGCUGCUGGCUGGCCUGUGUACCCUCUUCACCUGUGUCUUGGUACUCUUCUUCAACACUCCAUAUCGGCGCCUGGAAGCUGAGUCUGGAGGACCCCCCGCACCCAGGAUGUGUGCCAAGGAGCCAAGGAAAAUAAGCCCUACCCAAGUGCCUCCCCUUGAGACGCCUGGCUUGACACCUCUAGCUGGGGCCUUGCAGGAGGCUCCUGGCCCUACUUCUCUUCACAAAGGACACUCAGAAUGGACAGAGACAUCUAACAAAGCAGAAGCUUGCUAGGGUCUGCUGACUACGCCAGCCAUGCUAAGAGCUCUGACAGGGACACAAAGUCCUUAGCAUACCUAGGGCAUGAUGGGAUGGCCUUUUGAAAAUACUGGUUAGGGUGGACCCUGGCCAAACCAGACUUGUGGUGGCUGCUGUAGGGAGGGCCUGUUCAGGGGAGUGAGUGGGAUAUUCCUGGCAGGAGACUGAGGGAGUUCUGAGGGCCAUGGCAUGGCCAGUCUGAGGUAGACAGGUGUAGGAAGAUUUUUGUCUCAACUGUAUGACCAGACACUUAGCCUGAUUCUCGGAUGGCACAGAGGGUGGUAAGCUGGUCUGAGCAGAGUAGGGAGCAGAAGGAUCUCUGAUAGAUGCACCCCCUCCAAUGAACAUUCAUGGGCAAGUUUCUGUGUCCAACUUGAUUGAGCUGGUUGCCUGAAGAAUAAGGAAGAUCCUGCUGCCUCCUCUGCCUCCUCUGUGUGGGUGAGCCUACAGCUCAGCACUUUGUAGUCUAGGUUCCAGCUACAUAAUGAAGGCAAACUCCAGCAUCUCAUUCACCUGAUUGAGCCCGCAAAGGGUAGAGUAUUGGUGGGAACAUCACGUUGGUGGUGGUGGGAGGGGGAGAGACCAGUCUCCUGGCCUCCAGACCAGACACAGUAAAUUUCAGGCACUGAACUCCA